AUGGGCGCAACACGACCGGACGAAGUGCAAUUACCAGCACAAAGUAGACAUCUAUAUAUACGUGUCCCAGAGUACAGUUCUCAGGUACAGACUCCCGACGCAGGACUCAGGUACUCAGGUACUGUCAGCGUGGUAACGAGUACUCCGAAGUUCGGCAAGCAGAUCCAGCGCAGGCAGCUCGAUCUCCCUGAAUAUGCCGCAAGCUUCGUGAACUACAAAGCGCUGAAGAAGCUUAUCAAGCAACUUAGUGCCACACCAAACAUCCCCGCCCAAAGAACAGCCGAGGAGAUCGCAAGAGACAAUGCAGAUCCCCAGGCAGCCUUGCGCGCAAACAAGGAAGUGUUCUUCUUCCGAUUGGAAAGAGAAAUCGAGAAAGUCAAUGCCUUUUAUCUCCAGAAAGAACAAGAGUUCACACUGCGGUUGAAGACACUCGUCGACAAGAAGCGAGUGAUCCAGUCCCGGACCGGCUCCAAUUCCAAAGCCCCCUCAAAUUUCGUUGCUCUGUUCGAAGGUUUCCAGCAAUUUGAUGGUGACCUGAACAAACUCCAACAGUUUGUGGAGAUCAAUGAGACUGCUGUCUCGAAAAUCCUUAAGAAAUGGGACAAGACCUCCAAAUCUCGCAUGAAGGAGUUAUAUCUCCAUCGGGCCGUUGAAGUCCAACCGUGUUUCAACAGAGAGGUUCUGCGCGACCUGGCUGACAGAGCGACCACUGCCCGGCUUGAGUUGGAGGCUUGGGCAGAGGGCGAGAACAUCCAAUACGAUACAUCUCGUCCGGCGGACCGCAACACCUUUGCCGGCAACGAGGAGGAUGAGUUGGACAUCCAAAUGUUGCAGUCUGCUUCGACUGGCAAUUUGCAAACACUCAGAGAAUGGCUGGCGAGGUUACAGCUAUUGCCAGACGCUCGGGAGCGCGCGACACGCACGUUUCUCACCGCCAUCAAUGGCUUUUCGGAUGAAGUGCUUGCACUACUGCUGGAGAGCCAGUUGGUUGACAUCCAUGCCGAGGAUGAUAUCAAUGAGAGGAACUGUCUUCACGAAGCCGCCAUUUCUGGUCGGGAUUUUGUCUUCAAGGCUGGUCUCAAGGCUUCCGUCGACUUUUCCAGAUCAGAUGUCUAUGGGCGUAUUCCCUUGCAUUACGCCUGUAGAAACGGUCGUGCGGAGAUGGUGCGGGACUUGCUCCAGGCAGGUCCCGAGACUGUCGACUUCCUCGACCAUGACAACUUCACCCCAUUGAUCCACAGCAUUGUCAAGAGUCAGCUGGCAUGCGCUGAACAUGUUCUCCGGAGCAAUGCUCGAGUUGACCCCGUGUCAAUGCAGGAACCGGACCAUAUCCCGCUCAACUUGGCUUGCCAGCAUGGCUCUCUUCCCAUUGUGAAGAUGCUCCUGGAGCGAAACGCCAAGUUGCUGCCCGAUGCCGAAGGUCUCUACCCGCAACAUAUGGUGGCUCGCGCUUCACAGUCGCCGGAUAUUCUAUUACUACUGAAGCACCACGGUGCCGACCUUGAUCAGAAGGAUAAGCUGUAUCAGUGGACUCCUCUCUUCCACGCUGCCAGCGAAGGUUGCGUUCCGUGUUUGCGCACACUCCUAGAGUGCGGUGUGGAUUCCCAGGUCGCCGACGAGAAGGGUCUGUCGGCCAUGUACUAUGCUGCCUGGGAGGGGCAUCUAGAAUGCAUGCUCCUCCUCUGGGCCCAGCCGGCCCGGGGGAAGCCCGCAUUGGGACCGCUUGACAUUCUGAAUGGAGUUCGGAUGCAAGAACCUGGUCUCAUGGGAGAACCGAUGUCUAUGGAUCCCAGUGCCUCUGAAAUGGAGAUGGCCGACGGUAUUCCAGACCUCGAGUUACCCCCUCCCAUUAUUCCGCUCCGUCGCUAUGGUCACAACUUCCUCGAUAAGAAGGUGUUCAUCCAGCUGUUAUUCGAUCAAGGAAAUGUCGGAUCUAUUGCUUUCGACCAGGCCGGUCGUCAUCCAGCAGCUCGCAUGACCAUCUCCUCCAAGGUGUCUGAUCUCAUUCCCCGUACUAUAAUGCUUCCCAUGCAGGAUGACUCGCGCUCAAUAUCCUUCCACAUUGACCACCUAGACACCUUUGCCGUGGACUUUGAGAUCUUUCCCACGUUCGGUUCAAAGGUCAUCGCGAAGAGUGUCGCCCUUCCAGAGAUCUUCCGUGCUGAAACAUCCAGCACUGGCUCGGUCUGUCUUCCUCUUUUCGACCCCCGCCUCCGUGGAAUUGGUCAGCUGCGCUUCAAUUUCCAGGUCAUCAAGCCGUACCACGGUGAUCCCCUCGAAAUCACUCAAUUUGCCACAUACUGGAAGGCUACUAGCGCCCAAGACUCCGAGCACAAUGGAUUUGUCACCGGGUCCAGUCUGUCGGGCGACUAUGUUCAACUCUUUGUACAGUUGACUCGCGAUCGUGUUGCCGUUCUGUAUCCACAGUUCAUGAUCAACCAUCACGGAAUCGAGAUUCCGGUGUCCCAUUUGACAUUCGCUCAGUUCCAGUCCAUUGGCGCAGAACGCGGCGUGAACCAGCCCCAGAUUCUAGAAUACUUGGCUGCAGAGGCGGCCAACGAUAUGCCCAAGACUCAUCGUCUGAUCGCGGCUUCAUUCCUAUCCUUGCGCGAUGUGCUUCGUCAGCUACCAAUUGACCUGAACGUCAAUAUUUCCCUUCUCUACCCGUCCCCCCAGGAGGAAAAAAGACUAGUCAUGACAUCCUUGGCAGAUGUGAACAGCUUUGCCGAUGCUAUCCUGACUGAUGUCUUUGACCACGCUCGCGUGGCUAGAGACAAUAACCCCGAUUUUAUGCGCUCUGUUGUGUUCACAUCUUAUAAUCCCAAUAUCUGCAGUGCACUCAACUGGAAGCAGCCUAACUAUCCCGUUCUUCUCUGCAACGAUCUUGGUCAGAUCCGUGAUCUCGCUGGCCAGGUUGACUCUCUGUCCCAUGUGGAUAGCAGUGGUCGUGCCUCAAUGUCGAUCAAGGAGUCUGCACGCAUCGCCCAGAGUAACAACUUCAUGGGAUUAAUCUGCAGGUCUAGUUUAUUGAACGUCGUCCCGGCUCUUGUGGAAACCAUCAAAGAGCUUGGCCUCGUCCUUGUGGCCGACACAUCCGAUGAAACUGGCCAGUCCGAUCGAAUUGAAGAGCUACCCACCGAUCCCAUGGGUGUUGCGGAGUGGGCGUACCGCAUGCCGGAUGGUGUCAAUGGCAUCAUGAGAGCUAACGGCAUCCUUCGAUUCAACGAUAUGAUCGACAUGUAA